AGAAGUGCAGCGCGUCUUCCGUCCUCAGUGUGUUUACCUCACUUGUGACGACGAUGACGUGAGACCGAAACCGCUACUAGCUAGGCGGUCUAGCUAAAGUAAAGAAGGACCAGUGAGACAUGGGACAACACGGACAUCGCGAUGGACCUCCUUUGACUUUGCGUCUCUGUUUUCACGCGUUUGUAUUCAACCGCCCACGACGUUCUCGCUGAUAGUGUUAGCCUGUUAGCAUGCAAGGCUAUCGUCAGUGGGUUUCGCGUGUCGGUGUGAUUUGAUAUGGCACACUGGAAACUUCUCAACACUCGCUAUCGCAGGGUUUGUUAGUGUCGAAUUGUUGUUGUUGUUGUUGUUGUUGUUGUUGUUGUUGCUGCUGUUGCUGGUGGUGUUGUCGUCGUCACAACCAACCGUUAUCAAUAGGUGCGAGCGUUUUAUUGUGUUUACGUGGUGGCGCAUUAGUCAACGCUGUAGCUAGCGAUACUUGCCCGGCCUGGAAUGGAGCUCGGCGACCUGCGUGAGAGCCCCGCGGGCUCCGGGGAGUCAGAUGCCGGCGAUUGGAGAGAGGUUAUGCCCGAUGGGGAUAGCGACGAGAAGGUUAAAGCCGCUGAAAGCAAUGGGCCAAGAGUGGACCCGGCACUCAGAGACAUCUGCGGGGAAGGAGAGGGUGAAAAGCAAAGAAGCGUGGGAGAGCAACAGCACAGUCCGUACGAGGAGGAACUGGACCCCCGCAUCCAGGAGGAGUUGGAACACCUCAAUGAAGCCAGUGCAGAAAUCAACAAGCUGGAACUGCAGCUGGAUGAUGCCAGAUCAGGCUACCGGAAGAUACUAACAGAGUCUGCCAGGAAGCUGAAUACUCACAGCUCCCAGCUCGGUAGCUGCAUUGAGAAAGCAAGACCAUAUUAUGAAGCUCGGCGUCUUGCAAAAGAGGCACAGCAGGAGACACAGAAGGCAGCUCUGAGCUACGAGAGAGCCGUUUCUAUGCACACAGCUGCCAGGGAAAUGGUUUAUGUAGCAGAGCAGGGCCUGAUGGCUGAUGGCAAGAACACACUGGAUCCCACCUGGCAGGAGAUGCUCAACCAUGCGACCUGCAAGGUGAACGAAGCCGAGGAGGAGCGGCUCCGCAGUGAGAGGGAGCACAUGCGUGUCACACAUGCCUGUCAGGAGGCCGAGGCUCGGGUUCAGACGCUGCAAAAGUCCCUCAAAAGAGUCAUUGUGAAAUCCAAGCCUUACUUUGAGCUCAAGGCCCAGUUCAACCACAUACUGGAGGAGCACAAGACCAAAGUGCUGCUGCUGGAGCAGCACGUCGCCAAAGUCAAGACGCGUUACUCCAUCGCACUGAGGAACCUGGAGCAGAUCAGUGAGCAGAUCCACGCUCAGAGGGGGCGGGACCACGUCGACGGAGGGCGCCUCACUGUGUGCGGUGGGCGGAGUCCACCCGUAGGGGCCGAGUCCGACAUGAAUGUCCAUGAAGCAGAUGGCGCCUGCGGUGGUGGGAUGAACGCAGCCAUUGACCUGGAGAAAUACAAGGAACGGGAGCGAGCGGGCUCAGAUUCCCUGUCAGUCAUCAGCCUGCAGACCAUCGCCUCCGACUUGGAAAAAUAUGACUCCGUUGAGCACCUCGGGGACCUCAGCGAUGUAGGGAGCGUGACGGGCGAUGAGGGGGAGCGAGAGAGCGGUGUCGUGAUGGAGAGACGAGAGAAGCUGAUGGAGCUGAGCGCCAGAGAGCGGCAGCAGCACUUCUACAAGCAGCACCACCGGAGCUUCAGCUUGUGAGGUGGACGCACACGUCACUGCUCUAACACACGGGUACAGAACAGUUAACCACAGUACAGUCAGUUAACCCUAACCCUGUAAAUAAGCACACUUAUAACGACUGACGCUGCCUCGUUAGAACAGUGUUACAAACUACAGUCAUUACAUCUGUCCAGGGUGUGUUUAAGGCCUGGUUCACACUGUCUGUCUGUCUGUCUGUACACAGGCUGCUUGUCUAUGCUUCACGCAUGCUGCAUCUCAUUCGUCUUCCCACUCCACCAAUGACUUUCACUUCAUCUCUGAUAGAAGUAAGAGAGCGACAGACAGACAGACAGACAGCUGUUAAAUUGUCUAAAAUAUAAGAGUUUUGUUUUUCAUAUUCAACCUCGACUGUAAAACUACAGUGAGAGGUGUUGGUUUGAUGUCAUUAUGCUGGCAGAGUGUCAUAUGAUGAUGGUUCUUCUGAAAAUAAACUGGGCCCAAUGCAUAUCCACUCCCACCAAGGGAUUCUGGGUAAAUGUGUUCCUGGAGCAUGAAGGAACACAGAAAGAUGAAAACAUCACGUAUGAGCCAUGACCCAGUUACGCUGGUGAGACGGUCACAGCACACGCUCAACACGCUGCAUUCCAUUUACAAACCUGGAAGUCGGAGUGACGUCACCACGGUCGCGCUGAGAAGCCCGCUUUGCUAAUGUGUCUCGGGUCAUGUCAAGGUGAGGUUUGCUCUGACAGCCGUGUGUAUGGAGUGACCUAUGACCUCUGAAAUUCCAACUACAAAUGGAUGCAGCUACAGUCUUCAUACAUGCUCUUCUCCAGCCUCACUCACUCACUCACUCACUCACUCACUCAGUACGUACAGAAACAUGAACGCAUGUUUGAAGCCACAUUUCAUAUAUUUAUCUUUUAGCAGUUUUAUUUCUAGCAUGAGGGAAUGUGUCCGGAAACAGAGAACAAAGUCUGACUUUAAAGACUAAAGUCUGAAUAUGAAGACUGAAGUCUGACUCUGAAGACUGAAGUCUGACAAGUCUGACUCUGAAGACUAAAGUCUGACUCUGAAGACUGAAGUCUGACAAGUCUGACUCUGAAGACUGAAGUCUGACUCUGAAGACUAAAGUCUGACUCUGAAGACU